GAUCAAGGUGUUUACUUUGAUAUGAUUAAUAGUAAGAAUUUGUCAUCCCUAGUUUCAAGACCGAUAACCAGAAUGUACUGGAACUGGAAGGAAGAAUAUGCAAAACUCCCUAAACCCUCUAGCCUAGAAGAAAAUCUUGAGGACCAAUGCUGGCCUCAAGUUCUUCGUUUUCCUCCUCCUCCUCCACUUGGCACUGGGGUCCGAGCAGCCAUGGACGGCGCCCAAACUAACCACGUCAUCCCCUUUUUCACCAUAUGUCGACAAUCCAACCCACUUGGACCCAAAUCACACUUUUUUUCCCCCGGAAAACAUACCACUCACUCGACGUGGAGCCUCAAAUAUCCUCACUUCCCCUUUCCCCUUUCCCUUUAUAUGCUUUCACCCGCCCCACUACUUCUCACAGCUCACUCAACGGAAGUGCAACAACUUACUCUACUCUCCAUCUUUCUUUUCUAAAGUUGCAAGCUUGAAGCUUGAGAGUUUCCCUAUCUUCUGUUUUUGUUUCGUAUAGAACCAAUUUCACAUCUCUCCCGAUAAAAUGGCCUUCACCUCGGCAGCCUUGCAAACAAUUUUCGCCAGCCCAGCCCUGGCCAGCCGAACCAGAACCACCUCCUACUCCUUCCCUCGUAUCGCCAGUGUACCGCGUCUAAGCAGAAAUGCCGUCAGGUGCAUGGCCUCCGGGGAUGAGAAAACAGAACAGAGCAGCGAACCCACUGUUGUACCCCCAACGACAUCUCAAAUCCCUACUACUCCCACUCCGCCCAAGCCGCAGGCGCCCAAGGCGAGCACCAAGUUCGGCGACGUGCUGGCGUUCAGCGGGCCGGCGCCGGAGAGGAUCAACGGCAGGCUGGCGAUGGUGGGAUUCGUGGCCGCCUUGGCGGUGGAGCUAUCCAGGGGACAAGGUGUGUUCACCCAGAUCUCCGAGGGAGGCUCCACCUGGUUCGUUGCCACCAGCGUGCUGUUCACUCUGGCGUCGUUGAUCCCUCUGUUCAAGGGCGUCACCGUGGAGUCGAAAUCGAAAGGGCUGAUGACCUCCGAUGCGGAGAUGUGGAACGGUAGAUUUGCCAUGCUGGGUUUGGUCGCCCUGGCCUUCACCGAGUACGUCAAGGGUGCGCCCUUUGUGUAAAUCGCCUAAUUUUUCUAGGUGUGUUGGUCAGCUGAAGCAUGUGUUUGUGUUUAUAUGCUACUAGUAAGUAUACGAAUUAAAAAUACUGUUUGAUUCAAAUUUCACUAUUUCAGCCUUUUGCAUUAACCUUUUUCCCCCUUAGACUACAAGUUCGUAGCAGUGUUCCCUACCCAAUCUAAGACAAGAAGGGUUCAUAAUAACUAAAAUAAUUAACAAUGGGUCAUAACAUUAAGAACAAUUGAUCUCAUUCCAAUCAAGGAUUGUGUGACAA